CUCCAAAAAGUGUCUUAGUUCCCGGUCACCUGAGCUCCGGGCGGUGCGGCUGCGGUAUCUUCGCUGAUACGCCCUCCGCGGGUCCUGCCUGGAGAACCCGCCCUCUUCUCCUGCCCCUCCGCUCCGCCACCUCGAACCCUUCAAGGGCCUGUCCUUUUGCUCCUGUCGUUUCCCAGUUUCGGGCCGGACCGGGCCGAACCGGGCCGCCCGGGUGCGGUCCCUGACCAUGGCGUCCCUCUUCAAGAAGAAAACCGUGGAUGAUGUGAUAAAGGAACAGAAUCGAGAGUUACGAGGUACACAAAGAGCUAUAAUCAGAGAUCGAGCAGCUUUAGAGAAACAAGAAAAACAGCUGGAAUUAGAAAUUAAGAAAAUGGCCAAGAUUGGUAAUAAAGAAGCUUGCAGGGUUUUAGCCAAACAGCUUGUACAUCUACGGAAACAGAAAACAAGAACAUUUGCUGUAAGUUCAAAAGUCACUUCUAUGUCAACACAAACAAAGGUGAUGAAUUCCCAAAUGAAGAUGGCUGGAGCAAUGUCUACCACAGCAAAAACCAUGCAGGCAGUUAACAAGAAGAUGGAUCCACAAAAGACCUUACAAACAAUGCAAAAUUUCCAGAAGGAAAACAUGAAAAUGGAAAUGACUGAAGAAAUGAUCAAUGACACAAUUGAUGACAUCUUUGAGGGCUCUGAUGAUGAAGAAGAAAGCCAGGAUAUUGUGAAUCAAGUUCUUGAUGAAAUUGGAAUUGAAAUCUCUGGAAAGAUGGCCAAAGCUCCAUCAGCUGCUCGAAGUUUACCGUCUGCCUCUACUUCUAAGGCUACGAUCUCCGAUGAAGAGAUCGAACGGCAACUCAAAGCUUUAGGAGUAGAUUAGUCAAAAAAGUCAUAAUAUUUUUGCUUAUUUAUAAUUAUUUAGUAUAAACAAGGCACAGUGCAGAUUCCUUUUACAAAACAUACUUAUUUUGCAAAAAUGAAGACCAUAAGUGAACAGUUGUAUAUUACCCCAUGGCUAUUUUGAAUCCUUUGCCAAAGAAUGACAAUGAUGCAAAAAUGGAAACAGUUUGGAUUUUAAUUAGAACUAUUUAGGAGUGAUGAUAUGUAAAAAGUUGACUUCUGCAUGGCACAGAGAAAUUAUAUUCAUUAUUAGUGUCAGUUUAUGUUCUAAAUCUUUUCACACUGAAUACAAAAAUCUUGUUAAAUGCCACUAGGCACCAACUUAAAGAUACUUUUAAAAAUAUUAAAAGUAUAUUGUUAAUUAUG